AAAUCGAUCAGGUUUGCUUAUUCAGAUCCAUACAGAAUCUUUGUUUUUUCAUCAAAUAAACUUGGUAAAUCCAACUUUUUUUCCCAUUAUUCCUCCCAAAAAACCCAUUUAAAUGAAGAUUUUGCGGUUGGGUUUUUUAGUAGCUUUAGCCUCUGGGUUCACAGUCAUUCUCAUAUACAUCACUGGACUCUCCACUCAUUAUGACAAUUAUCAGCUGUCAGAUGAAGAUUGGGAAGCAUUGCAAUCUCUGCAAAGUGAUUUUCAGAAGUGUGUGAGUGCAAAUGGAUUAGGUUUACAAGCUAUAAGUGGUAAAGAUUAUUGCCAAGUAACACUAACCUAUCCUAGUGACACUGACUCCAAAUGGAGGGAUCCUAAUACUGGAGAACUUGAAGGUUUAUCCUUUGUGUUUAAUCUUUGUGAAGCGGUGGCCACAUGGGAACAGGUGAGGAAUAGUACUACAAUUCUCACUAGGGAGUUCAUUGAUGCUUUACCAAAUGGGUGGGAGGAGUAUGCAUGGCGCAGGAUUAAUAAAGGAGUGCUUCUGAACCACUGUAAAAAUAAAGCUUUAUGCAUGGAAAAGCUUUCACUUGUCCUCCCUGAAACACCACCUUAUGUUCCUAGGCAGUUUGGUCGGUGUGCUGUUAUAGGCAACUCAGGAGAUCUUCUGAAAACAAGGUUUGGGAAGGAGAUAGAUAGCUAUGAUGUUGUCCUUAGAGAGAAUGGUGCCCCCAUUGAGAACUAUACAGAAUAUGUGGGCAAGAAAAGUUCAUUUCGGCUUCUUAACAGAGGAUCUGCCAAAGCUCUUGAUAAAAUUGUAGAGUUAGAUGAGACUAGGCAGGAGGUGUUGAUAAUCAAAACUACAAUUCAUGACAUUAUGAGCCAGAUGAUUCGGGAAAUUCCAAUAAGCAAUCCAGUAUAUCUCAUGCUAGAUGCAUCCUUUGGUUCAGCUGCAAAAGGGACUGGGCUCAAGGCUCUUGAAUUUGCUCUCUCUGUAUGUGAUUCGGUGGAUAUGUAUGGUUUCACUGUAGAUCCAGGUUAUAAAGAAUGGACUCGAUAUUUCUCAGAAUCUCGGAAGGGCCAUACACCUUUGCAUGGCAGGGCUUAUUACCAGAUGAUGGAGUGUUUGGGUCUUAUCAAAAUCCAUUCUCCUAUGCGAUCUGAUGCAAACCGAGUUGUGAAGUGGGUGCCAAGUCGUAGCACUAUAAGAGCUGCCAGAAUUGCAUCAGAGAAAUGGUUGAGGAGGGUUGGAGCAGGAUCUGAAGACCUACUUGCAUCGUGCUCAAUAAUAAAGAAGCAAGUUAAAAGGAAAUAUAUGUCAGUCUCUAGGCUCAGAAAGGCUGCUGUUGACCAUCAAAAAUUUGUAAAAGGCACAACUAUGUACCCUGUGGAGCACAGUUCCGGACAUGGUCAGCUUUGCACAGUACCAGUUGAUUGAAUCUUCGAUAAGCACGAUUGCUCAUCCUUGCCAUGGAGGUAAUUGGCAAAAUCUGUGAAAUCAUUGCUUGAUAUAGUUCACACACAAAUUAAAGGAUGAAAAAAAGAGGCCAAUCUGAGUUACUCUUGAAGCAGCUACAACCAUCAUACCCAUCCUAAAAGAUUCUUUUGGGGAGAGAGAAUUUCUCAGGCUGCAUUGCCUUUUUAAGGCAAGUGUAGAUUAUAAAGGUCAAAAUUUCAUUUGUAGAUUCUUUGUUAGUUUUCAUUGCUAAUAGGGUCUAACCUGUAUUCAUGAAUUCAUGAGAAUGUCAUGCAAAAAUGUCACCAAAUUCUUCCUACUUUUUUACUUUGUAGCAUGUCUAUCAUUGUCUUGCCCAUGGGGCCUCUAUAAACCAUGGUGUUAAAAGACAUUUUGGUUGUAGCUCGGUGUUUCUUGCCAUGGAAGACCGUCAUGAUGGGAUUUUGCUGAAAUAUCAUUGGGGACAAGCGAUCUUUUGUUUGGCAAAGUCUGUUGAUUUCUGGAACUUGUCCAUAAAUCUCCAUCCUGGUGAGGACAGUGUUAAAACCAGGUUCCUGCAUAGUGGCUUGGCUUGAUGAAGCAUUAU